GAGACUCCACUCGGCUGUAUUUUGCAGUGACUCACUUUCAAAAUGGCUUCCAAACAAGAAUCAGUCUAUCAAAUAUUCUCAUUUCAGGACUGCAAAUCCUCUCCCGACCCGAUUUUUGAACUCCCAGCCCAGUGUCUGACCCCUAAACCGGUCCCUAUAGUGAUAGAUAACGGCUCCUUUCAGACCCGGGCUGGCUGGGCGGCUCCAGCGGCGGAGUUUGACUCUCCGCUGCUGCUCUUCAGGUCGGUGGCGGCGCGCAGCAGAGGGGCCGCCCGCAGCGAGACGCAGAUCGGUAACGAUAUCCCAAACCUGGAACCUCUGCGGUGGCUGCUGAAGAGCCAGUUCGACCGAAACGUGGCGGUCAACUUUGAGAUCCAGGAGCUCAUGUUCGACUAUGUGUUUACUCACCUGGGCAUCAGCUCUGAGGGCAGUGUGGCACACCCUAUUGUGCUGACAGAGGCGCCCUGCAACCCGCUGCACUGUCGGCAGAUGAUGUCAGAGUUGCUGUUUGAGUGCUACCGUGUACCGUACGUCUCCUAUGGCGUGGACAGCUUGUACAGUUUCUACCACAAUAACACUCGAAGGAAACUCCAGCCACCACAUACCGGCAUUAUUCUGUCCUCAGGAUACCACUGUUCACACAUUUUGCCUGUUAUCAACGGCAGGUUUGAUGCGGUGAACUGUAAGCGUGUGAACGUGGCUGGGAGUCAGGCAGCAUCCUAUCUGCAGCGCCUCCUCCAGCUGAAAUACCCAGGUCACCUCGCCGCCAUCACACUCAGCCGCGUGGAGGAACUGCUGCAUGAACACAGUUACACUGCUGUGGAUUACCAUGAAGAGCUGGAAAAGUGGCGCAGCCCAGAGUUUUAUGAGCGGGAGGUUCACCGUAUGCAGCUUCCCUUCUCGGGUAAAUUGCCGGGCGGUUGUGUGAGUGUGGAGGAGAGGCAGGAGAGACGAGCUCAGCAGCUUCGACGGCUUCAGGAGAUCAAUGCUCGCCGCCGGGAGGAGAAGCUGCUGCAGGACCAGGAGAGGCUGGACAGACUUAUGGCAGUGCAGGAGCUGCUGGAGGACGGCCUGUUGGAUCAGUUUCAUAAGAGCCUGGUGGAGCUCAACAUGGACUCGGCUGAGGAGCUGCAGUCGUACAUCAACAAGCUGCAGCUGGCUGUGGAGCAGGGCAGACAGAAACUGCUGCACAGCGACGGAACAGAGGGAAAGCCUGAGGUGUCUGAGCUGGAGCAGCCGAUGGAUGAGGGAGACGGAGUGGCGCUGAUGGAUCCUGACUUCUCUGAGGACACGCUGCCAGAAAAACCUGCUAAUGUGGUUCAGCCCGUGUUCAACGUGGCAGAGUACCACCAGCUGUUUGUAGGGACGGAGCGUCUGCGGUGUCCAGAGAUCCUGUUCCAGCCCUCGCCAACCGGGGAGGACCAGAUGGGACUGAUGGAGACUCUGCAGUACGUCCUGGCCAGGUACACACCAGAGCAGCAGGAGGCGCUGGUGAGCAAUGUGUUUCUGACAGGAGGGAACAUGCAGUACCCCGGGAUGAAGGAGAGAGUGGAGAGAGAACUGCUGGCUAUGAGGCCCUUCCAGUCACACUUUAAGGUAACAAUUGCGUCUCGGCCGACCCUGGAUGCCUGGUACGGGGCGAGAGACUGGGCCUUGGAACAUCCACUUAGUGGAGAGGGAGGAGCGGCAGAGGGGUGGAUCAGCAGACAGGAGUACGAGGAGAAAGGAGGCGAGUACCUGAGCGAGCACUGUGCCUCUAAUGUCUUCAUUCCCAUGAAAAUUGCCAAACCAGUUCCGACUCGCCCCACCGAGCCCUCUGUUCCAACACUGACAUCGACCGGAGCUUCUGCUGCCGUCACCACGGUUACGUCUGCCCUGGCUCCCUCCUCUUCUCCUGCUGCUACUGAUGUUUCUAUGGUUACCUCCUAAACUGGGAUCUCCGUUAUGAGCAUUUGAUGUUCAAUGAAUUAUAGCAGAUGUGAUGCAUUCAGUCAAAGGUAAAGAAGACCUUGCUCUUUGAUUCUGAGGGACUGAAAACUAAACUUUAUAUUUAUCGUUGAGGAUUCAGAUAGGUGGUCCUGCCCAAAACAUGAUUGUAACUGCAAAUAACAUAUCUCAAUGUGGUCUGCUAUUAGGCAUUUCUCUGUGGAAAUCUAAAGAAAUACACCACCAAACAACAUUAUAAGCUCAGAAAUAUAAGGUACAUUAGCAGUAGCUGUUAAGACAUGGGCGUGUUCUUUUAUGUACCAAAAACCAACCAAGGCAUCAUUCAGAAAUGUUGAAUGGAAAUGUACUUCCUGUCUGUUCUCAAUCUUCAUCUAUUUGUUUUUGGUAUCCUGUGUGUUUUGUAACUUUUCUGACUGUUUUGGAAAUACAAUUUUAUUUUAUUUUCAUAAUGCUUUGGGGAAACCACAAGAGACCGUUCAUAUUGAAUGGUCAUCAAAGGAAUGAUCUUAAAAGCUCUAGUGGGAAUAUUUUGUAUUACUAUAUAAAUGUAAUUUAGUAGUUUGUAUGUUUUAAAAAAAUAUAUAUAUUUUCACUGAUGGAAA